AUGACUCAGCUGGUCUUGAUUCAUGUUGUGGCAGCUGACGUCAAAAGCGGAGAUCAAGUCGGAUUUCCUGGGUCGGAGUCAAGUCGGACUCCCGAGAGCCAAGUCGGGUUCUCGCAGCCACGGUCGGACGUAGGAGUUUCGGUCGGUCUUGCCGUGCAGCACAAGAAGGCGAAAGGGCUGGACGAAAAAGAGCUCAACUUGCCGCCGCCGGACGCCUCCCUUUCAGGGAUUUCGGACGGCGAAAGAGUUAAGUUCCGUGCUUCCAGGACCCGGCGCCCGGGAAGACUCCUGAAGAAGGAGGCCCGCCGACAAAGCCGCAAACUCUCAGGUUUUAGCCGCGCUUGCACCCUUACAAGCUCCGACCGGAGCCACACAGCGAAGUGGACCAGCAAAAAGACGCUGUUUUCAGUGUGGAGUAUACGGACACGUACGAAGAGAGUGCCAGUCCGGUCCGGUGUGGUGUUCUCGCUGUCAGCAAAACACGCAUGUUCCUGCUAUGUGCUGGCGUGGGUCGGGAAAUGGGAAAGCCAGCGCGAAGGGGUCCCGCGCCAAGACACAAGUGACGGCUCCAACUAUUCACAGCUUCCCGGCUCAGACCUCGCACUGCAUCCCGCAACCAGAGGGAGCCUCGGCCUGGACCUGGCAACCACAAUAGACUGCACCCUAAUAGACCAGCGUCCUCAGAAAAUACCGACAGGAGUGCACGGGCCGGUGUUAGUUGACGGCAAACCAGUAGGAGCUUUGUUAAUAGGUCGGUCCUCGUCCACAAUGGCUGGAUUAACUGUUUUAGUGGAACUGAUUGAUGCCGACUACACUGGAGAAAUAUCAAUCAUGGUAAAUACACUAUUUCCACCUUUGCAUAUACCGGCCAGAUCUCGUAUCGCACAACUGAUACCGCUCCCUCAGAUCGCUCCUGGACCAUCGGAUAAGCCCGAACGAGGAGAUCAGGGCUUUGGAUCUACUGGUGCAUCGGCUCUGCUAACAAUAGAUAUGGCCAGACGACCACGAAAAGCUAUCCAGCUCCAAUGGAACUCACAAACUGCACAUUUAAUUGCUCUUUUGGAUACGGGAGCUGACGUCAGCAUUGUUGCAGCUCGCAAGUGGCCCACAUCGUGGCCCUUGGUAAACUCAGGAGCAACAGUUGCAGGAGUGGGUGGUCUGACUCUGGCAAAGAGGUCCCCUCCGAUAACUAUCACGUUGGAUGAAAUGACUGUGAACUGUACGGUGUCUGUUCUCCCCCUACCCGACGGAGUACAAGCAUUAAUAGGGAGAGACAUUCUCGCUCAGAUGGGGAUGGUUCUGACCAACAAACCAGGAUCCCCUUUAGCAUGACGGCCAUUGCCUGGACUUUCCCGAUCCCGCUCCAAUGGAAGACAGAAACGCCGGUGUGGGUAGAGCAAUGGCCCUUAAAAAGGGAAAGUCUUUUACAGGCACAUGCGUUGGUGUCAGAGCAGUUACAACAAGGGCAUUUGCGUUUGUCAACUAGCCCGUGGAAUACUCCUAUUUUUGUGAUCAGGAAGAAAUCUGGGAAAUACAGGCUGUUACAUGAUUUACGUACAGUAAAUGCCCAGAUGCAUAUGAUGGGGGCAUUACAACCAGGACUGCCAAAUCCAGCUAUGAUCCCACAAAAUUGGUUCCUGUUAAUAAUCGAUCUUAAGGACUGCUUCUUCACUAUUGCAUUACAUGAGCAGGAUCGUCAGCGUUUUGCAUUCACUGUUCCUGCUAUAAACAAGGAAGGACCAGC